AUGUUUCUUAAGCGCCAAAGCCUGUUGCUCCUGCUGCUGUUGUUGGUUCUAAUUGCCACGGCGAGCUCUCUGAAGUGCGCCAAUAUUGGAGAAUACUGCAUGGUGCACAGCGAUUGUUGCACAGGAUACUGUCCAUCGUUUAUGGGCAACAGGUGCCGCGUAACCGCAGCGCAACAGGGCGCAAUAGCUCCAUUUAAUUAA